GGCGGUAAUGCUUCUCCUCCGUGUCCGAGGAUUGUUGGUCGUCUGUGUCUGGUGGAGCUGUGUGAGCUCUACCCAGCUAGGACCAGAGAAUUGUACUGUAACUGUAGCAAUACUGUCAAAUACAGUCACUGUCUAUGUUCCCUCUGGAACUGCGUGUAUUGAGUGCAUCAUUGACGGAGUGAUAGCUACUGAUGCCACGUUCCUGAUAGGCAACUCGCCAGCCAGUGAGGGAUCAGUGGUGAAUGGUACACUAGUAGUGUCUGACACUGAGAGUGUCUUCAGUAAACCCACUAAUGUACGAUGUAGCAGUGAUGGCGAAAUAACUCAUACAGCGUUUGUUGAGCACACGAUUUUCAGAGCUCCCCCGAUUACGGGGGAUGCUACAGUUAAUGAA